UGCAACGCUAAGUUUGAAGUUUGGACUUGACAUCUGAAAACUACUUAAAGUUCUGGUUAUAAUGGAACUGAAUUCCAGAAAUGGUAUGUUUGGGAGAAAAUCUUCGUCAUUUGCAAAAGAUGCGCUACUAUGUUGUGCAUCUUGGCAGGUACACGUGGCAAGUUAUCUAAGAAGGAAGGUGAUGUGGUCUUUGACCAUUGCUUGCACCGUGAAAAGUGUAGAUAUUGGCAUAGUUUGAUCAAUUUUCACCAUUUUUUUAUUGCAUACAGAGGAAGAAUUCUCACUCUUCCAUGGAAAACAGAUCUGGUCAAUGAUAAUCACCUCGUCCAGUGGUAAGAGUGCUUCCACAUUGUAACUUUCCGUUGUUCUAUGCCAAUGCAAUGCAAUGCACAGUUUACGUGUAAUUCUUCUUCCCAUCUUCACAAGUUAUAACUUUGUUGCAUCCUGAUCUGAGAUUGAUGAAUCUGUUUCCUUAACAUUGGCCCCGCUUGAUUAUGGGAUCGUCGAUGUCUCGUCGUUCAUUUUAUCAAUGUUGUUCAUGGAUGUUCUGUAUAUUGUAAAUUGCACAUGCAUGACACAUCACUUUUGCAAUGUAUUCCCGAGCGCCAUUGAUUGAUUGAUGGAUCCUUUAUUACAAUGAAGCUUGCAUCUUUGUAAUUGUUUUCAUACCUAAUGUUACUCUGGUACUAUUUCCAGGAUUUGGCCAUGACACUGCAUUAACCUUCAUUGCAUAAGAAACUGCUAUAAUUUGGCAUUUUGAGGGCUCAUCGUGGAAAAAUGGGGUGGUUUAGAGCAGGAUGUAUGAUAUCAAGAAAGCUGGCAGCCAAGAGAAAUCUCUGCGGACUGCACAUUUUCAGAAGAGUGCAAUCUUUCCCCUUAUCAGCCACCAGACGAAAUAUCCACAGCACAAUCACCAAACCAGAACAAGUGAAUGCCACCAGAACAACAGACAAUUUCCUAGAUUCAGCAAACAGCAUCUACAUCGAGGAGCUCCAAAGAUCAUGGGAAGCCGAUCCAAGCAGCGUGGACGAAUCAUGGGACAACUUCUUCAGGAACCUCGUUGGCCAGAAUCAUGUUAAGGGAAUGGCUGCUGCAGGAGUAGGAGUUUCUGGGCAGCAGUCGAUACAAGAGAGCAUGCGUUUGUUGUUACUAGUCAAAGCAUAUCAAGUAAACGGGCACACCAAAGCCAACUUAGACCCACUCAACCUGGACUCAAAUAAGGAUGCUAUUCCAGAAGACCUUGAUCCAGCAUUCCAUGGCUUCACAGAAUCCGACCUCGACAGGGAAUUCUAUCUAGGAGUGUGGGACACAUCAUCUGGUUUCCUGUCUGGUAACCGGCCUGUGAUGACCCUGAGAUCCAUCAUGAAUAGGUUAGAGCAAGCCUACUGUGGCAGCAUUGGGUACGAGUACAUGCAUAUUAACGAUAGCAGCAAGUGCAACUGGUUGAGCAACAAGAUUGAGACACAAGAGCAUACAACCUAUGAUGUUCAACGACGUAAAGUUCUUCUUGACAGGCUGAUUUGGAGCACAAGGUUCGAGAAUUUCUUGGCUGUCAAGAAAAAGGCAGAGAAGAGGUUUGGGCUCGAAGGUGGCGAGACACUCAUUCCGGGGAUGAAGGAAAUGUUCGACAAGGCUGCGGAUUUAGGUGUAGAGAACAUAGUUGUUGGAAUGCCACAUCGUGGGAGGCUUAACGUGUUAGGUAACGUGUUCAGGAAGCCACUGGCACAAAUCUUCAGCGAGUUCGACAAGAAGGCGAAACAUGGCUUGGGAGACAAUGGUGAAGUGGGGGACUUUAUGGGCACCGGUGAUGUGAAGUACCAUUUGGGCACGUCGUAUGACAGACCGACAAGGGGAGGGAACAGGAUUCAUCUGUCGUUGAUGGCGAACCCAAGCCACUUGGAAGCUGUGGACACUGUUGUCUUGGGAAAGACGAGGGCGAAGCAGUACUACUUCAAGGAUUGCGACAGGACGAAGAACAUGGGAGUGUUGAUCCAUGGAGAUGGUAGCUUCGCCGGGCAAGGAGUAGUUUACGAGACGUUGCAUUUGAGUGCCCUGCCUAAGUACUGCACUGGUGGGACUAUCCAUGUUGUGGUGAACAAUCAGGUGGCUUUCACUACUGAUCCCAGGUCUGGAAGGUCUUCACAGUAUUGCACGGACGUGGCCAAGGCGUUUAAUGUUCCAAUUUUCCAUGUCAAUGGUGAUGAUGUGGAAGCAGUUGGUCGUGUCUGUGAGCUUGCUGCUGAGUGGAGGCAGAUGUUUCAUUCUGACGUUGUGGUUGAUAUUAUAUGUUACAGAAGGUUUGGGCAUAAUGAGGUUGAUGAGCCAUUGUUCACGCAACCUAAAAUGUAUAAGGUGAUUGAGAAGCAUCCUUCAUCGCUUGAGAUUUAUCAAAAGAAGCUAUUGGAAUCAGGGGAGGUGACACAGGAAGAAAUAGACAGGAUACAUAACAAGGUGGAAUCAAUAUUGAAUGAAGAAUAUGCAAACAGUAAAGACUAUGUUUUGAAAAGAACAGAUUGGCUUUCUUCUCAUUGGGCUGGCUUCAAGUCGCCUCAGCAGCUCUCUCGUAUCAGAAAUACUGGUGUGAACCCAGAGGUGUUGAUGAAUGUUGGUAGAGCAAUCACUACAAUCCCAGAUGAUAUGAAGGCACACAAGCAAGUGAAAAGAAUCUACGAAGAGCGUGCUCGAAUGAUCGAGAGUGGAGAAGGUAUCGACUGGGCACUCGGAGAAGCCCUUGCAUUUGGUACAUUAUUGGUUGAAGGCAAUCAUGUUAGGCUGAGUGGACAAGAUGUUGAAAGAGGCACAUUCAGCCAUAGACAUGCUGUGCUUCAUGAUCAAGAGAACUGGAAAGAGUACUGUCCACUAGACCACGUUAUUCAGGACCAAGACAAGGAGAUGUUUACUGUAAGCAACAGUUCACUUUCAGAGUUCGGUGUGCUAGGAUUCGAGAUGGGUUAUUCCAUGGAGAAUCCAAAUGCUUUGGUGAUGUGGGAAGCUCAGUUUGGUGACUUCUCUAAUGGAGCUCAAGUCAUGUUCGAUCAGUUCCUUAGUGCAGGGGAGUCGAAAUGGCUCCGCCAGACCGGUCUGGUUGUUCUGCUCCCUCAUGGCUACGACGGGCAAGGACCCGAACAUUCCAGUGCUAGAUUAGAGCGUUUCCUAAUGAUGAGCGACAGUUACCCUUAUGUGAUGCCUGAAAUGGAACCAACACUCAGAAAGCAAAUCCAAGAAUGCAAUUGGCAGGUCGUGAAUGCUACCACUCCUGCCAAUUACUUCCAUUUGUUGCGCCGUCAGAUACACAGGGAGUUCAGGAAGCCAUUGAUAGUAAUGUCCCCCAAGAACUUGCUAAGACACAAGCUCUGCAAGUCCCAUCUGUCCGAAUUCGAUGAUGUGCAAGGCCACACUGGAUUCGACAAACAAGGAACCAGGUUCAAGCGGCUGAUAAAGGACCAGAAUGGACACUCUGAUGUUGAGGAAAGCAUCAGAAGACUCAUUCUGUGCUCUGGAAAGGUGUACUACGAGCUUGAUGAAGAGCGUGGGAAGGAUGAUAACGCAAAGGACAUUGCCAUUUGCAGGGUGGAACAAUUGUGUCCAUUCCCAUACGACCUUGUCCAAAGAGAGCUAAGGCGUUAUCCAAAUGCAGAGGUAGUAUGGUGCCAAGAGGAGCCAAUGAACAUGGGAGCGUAUAGCUACAUUUUGCCACGGCUGGCGACGGCGAUGAAAGACACCGGGAGAGGGUCGUACGAGGAGAUCAAAUACGUCGGAAGAGUUGCAUCGGCUGCGACGGCGACGGGGUUCUUUCAAGUUCACAAACAAGAGCAGUCUGAAUUCCUUCAACGUGCCAUGCAAACUCAACCCAUCCAAUUCCCUUGAAGCUCAAUUCAGGGCUGAUAAAUUUCUAUCAGAAUUUGAUGAAUUCUAACAAAGUGGAUGAAUUUGGAAAUAAUAAGGUUGGGACUUAGAAAAUAAGAUAAGAUAGAUUUACAAAAGUUGUAAUGGAUUGUGGUUGGUGUGGUAUUAAUGUCAUUAUUUUCUAAACAUUUGUCUCUUAAUAUCGGUGUUUGUUAAACUAUGUCAUAUUGAAGGUUCGAUCGAAAUAAUCGUCUACCAGAGCCCAAGCCGACAUAGGAUUAACGGAUAUGAACGAUUCAACUAUAGUCAAACCAUGACAUUUACUUUUGACUUAUUUGGUUCAACCUUCGGUAUGUCAUCUUUGCUUACUAUUAGGAAUGAUAUAAUAAGUUAGCUAAUAGAUUUUCGGAUGACUUACAAAUCUAUAAAUAUCUAAAUUCAUCUUUUUUAUUUUCUGAGAGUAACCAUGAAGUUGAAGGAAUUGUCAAAAUUGGUGAAUUUUUACACUAACGUUUUGUGACUAUAGUUAGACAAAUUGUUUUGAUUAUGAAAGGUUAAUCUCAUAUUACUGUAUAUAUUUCUCGAUAUUUCAUUGUGGAGUUGCUCGAAACUAAGAAACAAAACACAUUUAAGUAUAUUUCAUUGUCGAUAUGCUCGAAACUAAGAAGCAAAACAACAAUAUCAAUAUCCUCUUCAUUUUAAGCCGAGUACAAAGCUUUGGGGCAAUGGCGGAGCCUUACCAAGGUGGGUCCAGGAAAAAAUAAGUACACUGACUCUUUGUGACUAUGGUUAGACCAACUGUCUUGAUUCCGAAAGGUUAAUCUCAUAUUACUGUGUAUAUUUCUUGAUAUUUCAUUGUCGAGUUGCUCGAAACUAAGAAGCAAAACACAUUUAAGGAUAUUUCAUUGUCGACCUGCUCGAAACUAAGAAGCAAAGCAACAAUAUCAAUAUCCUCUUCAUUUUAAGCAGAGUACAAAGCUUUCGGGCAAUGGCGGAGCCAAGGCUUACCAAGGUGGGUAAAAAAAAAAAAAAAUACAAUAAUUAAGGGCCAGUGACAUUUUUAACGUAAAUUCAGAGGUCUCUUUUACAAGGUCUUCUGUCCAGUUACAGAAAGCAAGCUCUUUUGAUCUACAACCACCCUUUAUCCAAUAGCAAAAGAGCAAGAAGACAUGUGCUACACCAAUAUUAGUCAAUUCUACCAUAAGACAAUAAUUAAAUAAUAAAUUUAGUUGCGUCAU